AUGGAAGCGUUAAUUCCCAAACCCACCUUUCCAUGGGGUAAGCUCAAACCAAGCGAGGAUGUGCAGCAUCACACUAUAUAUACACACGACGAAGCCCCGGAUAUUAUAAUGCCUUCUAUGGAUUUCACGGUGAUCAAUAUGACCGAGCCUCUUAGUGUAAAAUGGGAUUUAUUGAUCAGGAUCUAUCCAAAACAUCCUGGUAACUAUGUGCAUCUCGAAGGUGAUUUUAAGGUUUUCAUAGUUUACGAAGAAGUAACCAUUGCUACUUCAUCGAUAGAGAUCAGUUACACUCGCAUUUCACCGUUGCGGUCUAAGCUGCUUACAGCUUCGUUGACUGCUUCCUUGGGAGAUAUGGACGGUGCGAUUGUGGAAAAUAUUCUGGAUGAUAUUAAGGAAAAAGGUGAAAUGCGGUUUGGAUCGCGGCUGCUUCUACCGGAAUGCAGAUCUGAGAUGAGUGGUAAGAUGAACUAUGCAUGUGAUGAAGCCACGUUACGGUUUGAGCCUGGUUCUCAGAGGAGUGCAACUUUGUUUGGAAACCAACCUAACUGUCACUAUUUUUCCUAACUAGUUUUUCAUCAUCACUUGUUUCUUCUUUAGCAUUGUGGAAGGCAACC